AUGCAAUCCUCAGAUCUAAUUUUUCCAAACAAUGCUCCAAGACCGGAGAACGAGGAUUUAAAUGCGAUUCCCCAACGAAGAUCAACCUCAGCCAGAGUUGUUUCCAAUAAUGAUGAUGGUGAUUUAAUAUACUAGCAGAGAAGGGUGCCGAUAAAUUAGAGGUCAAUUGCAAAUUUGAACCAAGGGGGAAUCAGUAGAUCUCAAGUCUCUCAAUCAGAUAGAAACAUAUAGUAUCCUAACUUUGCGGAUGGGAUGUAUUAUACUGGAGUUGGAGGACCUCACUAGCCUCAACCUUAUGAUGAGUAUGAAUCAGCUCUGAGUUACAUUUUGAUCAAUGCAUUUGUUGCGAUAUCAAUCAUAAUGAUAUCAAUUUUUGAAGAUGAAAACUAAUGCACCAAAAACAUUCAUAGAUGGUUAUUUGCCUAUAUUGCUUUGCUCGUAUUAGACUCAGCCAUCAAAUUGCUCAAUUUAAAGAGAACAAGGUUCACGAGAUAAAUGAAGAUGCUAGCGACUAUAAUGGAGUUCUUUAGCGAUGCACUCUAGGUUGCCUGGCUAAUAUAUGGCAAUGUUCUAUUCCUCAAAGAAACAAAAGAGUGCUUAUCCAAUUCUCCUCUUCUAACCUAUACUCUCCUGUUCGUUUUAAUAUUGGGUUUUAUUCAUCUAGCUAAGUUCACAUUCAUUAUUCUCGGAAUAAUGAUAUGGGCAGUUGCUAAAUGCUUUGGAGUAGAUUUUUCAUUUGAGGAAAUCCUAGCUACUGGAAGAGAAAAUUAGUUAUAAACAUAGAAUUAAUAGUAGAAUAUGCUAAACUAACCUCUAUUUGAAAAGGGGUUAGGUCUUUAAUAAAAAGCAAUUGACAAACUAAAGGAAACUAAAUACUCAAAAUUUGUAAGUGAGAUGGAAGUACAGUUUUCGAAGCAAAAGUCAACUUGCAAUAUCUUUCCAUUUAUUGAGCACAAAAAUCAAGAACAUUUGGAAUCUCUCAUGUUGCAAUAAAUGAUGUCAGAUAUUUAAGAUAUGUGCUCAAUCUGCUGCUCAUAUUUUGUAGGUUCUGAUGACAUCAAAUAUCUACCUUGCCACGAGCAACAUAUCUAUCACUCAGUCUGUAUCACAGAAUGGCUGCUAAGAAAUGAUCAAUGCCCAUUGUGCAAAAGAUAGGUGCUGGUCAGUGAAUGA